ACAGUUGUUGAUCCUGUCCGUGACGAUCUCAUACGCCUGGCCAACCCUGGUCCUACAGAAUUUGACACACUUCUUCAGGUGCAACUCAAGCAGGCUCUUGCGAAGAGUACACCACUGAGAUUGAUUCAACCUGAUGAAAAACAAAGACAGAUCAUGCUUGAGGAAGUCUCGGACCUAAUGGUUGACAUCUACAAAAUCUCAACAACAACACCAUCCAAUAUCACAUAUAUGACAUUUGAUCAGCUUAAGCGGACUGUUCCACAGAUAGCAUGGGACAACCUGCUGUACGCCGAGUUAUCUAGUGUUAUGAAAUUGGCAGACACUGCGAUGAUCUCAGUCGUGAAUCUCGUCUACUUUGAACAACUAGCCCUUGUGGCAUCCAGACACUCGGCUGAAGCUUUGGCCAACUAUCUGGUUAUAGCUGCAGCAAAGCAUUUGGAGCAGUAUAUCUAUAAUGAUGAACCGAGUUGGAUACAAUGCGUAGAGAAUUUGAAAUCCUUUGAGCCGGUACAGAAAUUAUAUAUACAUAGCCGUAGCCACGACUUCAAACUGGAAAAGGUAAGUUCAAAUAAGUACAAGUUUUUGUUGAUGCUUGUUAUGAAUGAAUAUUUUUGUUGA